AAUGUUAAGAGUGAUAGUAUAAGUCCUGAACAAUAUUGUUCUAAUACUAAAUAUAAUUCUUUAGAUAUUCCUAAUACUAAUUUUAUUACAUUAUAUCAACAGAUUGGUAGAUAUUUAAUUGAAAUUAAGGAUAAAUAUUAUUCGGAUAAUAUCAAACGUCAUAAAUACUUGAAUUACCUGAUAAAUUCAGAAAAAAAAAAUAAAAAGAACAAUAGCUACAUUUUGUUUAGCCCCUUUAGAGAUGUUUCGUCUAAAUUAGAUAAUAUAUGCAUACAAGUAAUAAAAGAAAUUGAUACUGAAUCUUUAACAAAGCUUGAAUAAAUAUACGGUUAUUAUGAUGAUUUUAGCAAAUUUAAUGUUACAAAACAGGAUUCUGGUGAUAUAAUUUGUGGUAAUAUUAAGAAAUGUUAUAACCUUUACAAGAAUAAUUGUGAAAAACAUCAAAAAAGUAGUUAAAAUGCUUUUUGCGAGGAGUUAAUUGUAAAGAAGCAUUUGAUAAUAAAAUUCAUAUGGUAACUCCUUGCACUGGUUUACCACAUAUUUAUCACCUAUGCAAGUAAAAUAUAUAUUUGCUAUCAGUUUAUCCAGAUCGGUUCUCUUUAUUUUUUUUUAUAUAAAUUUACUUUAUUGAAAUCAUGCUUAUAUAAUAGCUUAGUUAUGAAAAAAAUAGUUGAACUUAAAGAAAAAAGAGAAUCCUUACCAAAUAUAUAUAAUGUAUUAGAUAAAAAAUUUAAAGGAAGUUCUCAUAGUAUAGGGUAUCAACCACAAUGA